AUGUACGUCAAUACCGAAGCACUGCCCCCUUAUUGCAUAACGUUAAAACUCAUUUGCGCAAAUAGGCUCGGGGACGGCUACAUGUACUCGCCCGUCCUUCUGCGGGUCUCGGCAUCCCGUAACCUAAUCGCAUCAUCGGCCAUAAAAGCUGCGAGUGACCCCAGUCUUCUCGUGUUUGACCCCAUCUUUCUUGAACCCGACUUCAUCCUCUCCUUAUCCUCUUCACUUUUGUUUGAUUCGGAGUCGAUGGUCCCUUCUUCCUCUAUACCAAGAGCUCGGACCCCGCGUAUGUCUCUCAAUUGCCCUUAUUUUCCUUGUAAUCUGAUCUUGUUGACCUGCAGCUGGAACUUGCGUUUCAUCAAUGUCGCUGCACGCAAUGCAUAUCUUGCCAUUAAUGAUGCCGUGUCUUCACCCGCAAACAUCCCCCAGUGCCAACAAGAACUUUUUCAUCAACACUACUGCGACAUGCACCUUACGGCCAGCUGGUAUGGGGAGCACAAGUACGUCUCCAUCAGUAGUCUCUCAUACAUCCACUCAUAUCACCAGAGCUACUAUGCCAAUCUGUUCGCGCGGGUCGACAUCACGGCAAAGGCGACCGCUUCUAUGCUACCGUUCUCCAUACAGAUAGAUACAACUAUCCAACUGUUCACUGGCUGUUUGGUAGCAACACUCAGAGCAUCAACGGCAGCCCCAUCACCAUCUGGAGGUACCCUUGAGAGUGAAGUUGAACUACAU